AUGGACCAGUCAUCGCAGAAAAGAGUUUCCAAAGCAUGCGACGCGUGCAAGCGGCGAAAGGUGCGCUGCAACGGCCAGACGCGUUGCCAGCAGUGCGCCCACCUCGGACUGCGAUGCAUCUACUCGCCAUCUAGCAAGCAGAGAUCACAGGGCAAGAGAGGCCAUAUCAUUUCAGAAUUCAGAACCCAGACGUCCACCUCGCCUGCCACAGCCACGCCCAUCCUGCCCGCUCACCCAGGCCAAGCCGCCUACCAGGCCGUAUACACUCCCAUUUCGCCCACCGUCACGAGCAACGAAGCCGAAGCCACAUCUCCUGUUUCUUCUCUGACGUCGCAGUACACCAAGUCGUUUUUUCUCGACCUCAUUCCCGACUAUGUCGAGGGUGUGUAUCCCGUGCAUCCUGUCAUUGCCGCGCAUGAGCUUCGUCAGUACAUCGAGGCCAUGGACACUGAUCCAGAUGUGUGCUCCUUUGUGUAUGCUUUUGGUGGCUGUACUCUCAAUCUCACUCGCUAUGGCGACCGCAGGACAGACGAAGUGGUGCAGACGAUUGAAAAGCUCAUGGACCACUCCAUCGACACCAUGCGCCGCUCCCACAAGCAUUGCCACUUUUCCGUCAUGCGAGCAGUCCAGUCCAUGUUUAUCCACAAUUGCCUGAUGAGCCUGCAGGGCAGUGACGCCGCCUUCUUCUACAUGCGCGACGCAAUCACCAUCAUCCAGCUGCUGAGGAUAGACAACCCGGAGAAUGCCGCACAACUGUCUGCCCCGGAGCGCUCUCGCAGACAGCGGCUGUACUGGCAAGCCUUCAUCCACGAGCGCUUCCUGGCCAUCCUCGACUAUCGCCGCGCAAUUCUGCCCCCGCUCUACACAAUGCCCGAAGACGACCCCACGCUGCCCAUCCAUGUGCACGAGGGCUUCAGUCAUAUCAUCAAGCUAUUCAAGCUGCUGGACACGGAAUUCCUCAACAGCUGGCUGGAUUCGCAGGGCGCCAACGUCACCAGCACCUGGGUCGAGGCCAAGUCGCGCGAGCUCGAGGGCGACCCUGAGGCGGACGCGCGUGAGCUAUCCAUGUUAUCCAUGAUGCAGCGCGCCGAUUUGUGCAUCACACGCGAAUGGCUGCGCACCUUGGUGUGGCGCCUCGCUAUGAGCCAAACGCUGCUUUCCUCGCGCUCUCCCAAAGAAUGCCUAUCGCUCCUGUUCCCCGUGCGACUCUCGCAGACGCUGCGGCAACUCGUCUCGAGCAUGUCGCGGCAGGACAUUGAGGUCCAUGGGACAAGCAUCACACAGAAGCUGUUUGAAAUCACAGACACCAUUGCCGACGUGCUGAUCCACGUGCCCGCCGCCACCCUUGACGAGACAGCACUGCGCAUCGACGACUUUCUCUUCAUCCUCGACUUUGUCCUGCUCAUCCCCCAUCUCGACCACACCCGCCGUGGUAUCUUGCUCGAGAAGCUGGAGCGGCUGCAGACAAUGUUCCCAGAGGUCCUGAGUAAUGCUAGCUCUCCGAAUCUGCCCCUCGAUGUGCAUAGUCCCCCCAGUGGUGGUGGCAGCAACAACAGCAACAACAACAAAAACAACAAUAGCCGCAAUAACAGCGCUGGUCCCAUUGUGCCAAGUGACCCUUGGUAUCAGGUCACACAGUCCAAGACGGCUGCAGGACUCGAGCUCAUGGCAGACGGGCAUGGAGUACUUCAGGCGCCAGCAGCCCAAGGAGCAACACUACCCAGAGGCGAGGCAAGGAGCGGCCUGUUGGCUACCUGGAACAACAUCUCCAGGCGCCUGACCAUGCAGGUGGCGACGUUCGGUGAUGGAUAA